GAUGACGAUGGUGGUCAUGCUGUACCUAUCCAUAAUAUUACUGGUAUAUCAUACAUUUAUUAUCUAUUAUCCAAUAACAUACUACUACAACAACAAAAACAGUCCAUAGGUAGGGAUAGAAGUAGCAGCUCUUUGAAUGAUAAUACUAUGAUAACAAAAGGAGAAGAAGGACCAAUGAGGGU